AGGAUCACUUUUGUUUCCGCCCAGACGUUAAUUCGUGUAACACCUAGAAGCGAAGUCCAUUUGUAAUGGAAAUAAACUUGAGAUACGUCUAAUAUUUUACGCAGCUAAACAGUCAUGUACAGUUGCCUUUCAAGGGGUUUGAGGACCAAAGGCAGACUAUGUCCUGGUUAUGUCUCCUCUCAGUCACCUCUAUGGAACGUUGACCCGUGCACACACAGGCGUCCAGAACGCUGUUUACACUUAAGGACAUCAGCAGGUAACCUAUGGCAACCUUUGGCACACAUUCUCUCAGGCCAAGCUAAGCAGCUGCCAGUGGCAGCCUACUUGAUGAGCACCAGUGUGCACAGAAGACGAUUGCCAAGUGCCUUUCCAGUUUUAGAUGAAGCCCUUCAGCCAAUUCACAAUGACGUAUUUGAGGCUAACCUACGAAACAGCCAGGCAUGCCAAGAAAGGUAUAUUGAAUACAUGGAGAAGGUGAAGAAGGGGGGUGGGGAGAAUGCAGUAAAGCGGCACACCCAGAGAAACAAGAAGAUGUUGGUUACGGACCGUCUUCGCAUGCUGUUUGAUGACGGAUACUACUUUGAGCUGUCUCCCUUCGCUGGAAUGGGCCUACCCUAUGGAGACAUCCCCUCAGCAGGCUGUCUCACUGGUAUAGGUAAAAUCAACGGGUUGUGGUGUGUGUUUAUUGCCAAUGAUGCUACUGUGAGUGGUGGUACAGCUUAUCCCAUAACCGUCAAGAAGCAGCUCAGAGCCCAGGAUGUAGCUAUCCAGAACAGACUUCCUUGUGUCUACUUGGUGGAUAGUGGAGGUGCAUUCCUUCCUCUUCAGUCUGAGAUUUUCCCUGAUAAAAACCAAGGAGGACGUACUUUCUACAAUGAAGCCAUCAUGUCUGCCAUGAAGAUCCCUCAGGUAUCUGUGGUUUGUGGUUCAUGUACAGCUGGCGGUGCAUACAUCCCCACUAUGGCAGAAGAGACUGUGAUGGUGCACCGGAUCGGGACGAUAUUCCUGGGCGGACCGCCCUUGGUGAAAGCUGCCACAGGGGAAGAAGUCUCCCCAGAGAAUCUGGGUGGGGCCACACUCCAUGCAGAAGUGAGCGGCUGUGUGGACCACUUUGCCUCUGUGGAGAAGGAGGCCUAUGAAACCACACGUAACAUAAUCUCUACCCUCAACUUUGAGCUGCCCGAGGAGGACGAGGCAGGGGUGGAGGAGCCUCUACAUAGUGUGGAGGAGUUGAUGGGUCUGGCCCCACGGGACUAUGAACACAGCCUGGAGGUCAAGCUGAUCCUGAGUCGGCUGACUGAUGGCAGUAAGUUCCAGGAAUUCAAGGCUCGAUAUGGAACAACCCUUGUGACUGGUUUUGCCAGAAUUAGCAGGCAUCAGGUUGGCAUUGUGGCGAGCAAUGGGGCGCUGACGCACAACGCAUCAUUAAAAGGCAGCCACUUUGUCCAGCUGUGUGACCAGCGAGACAUCCCCCUGAUAUUCCUACAGAACACCGUCCCAAUGCCAGAGCCUACCCUCUCCCAAACCCAGGCAGAGACCAACGCCAACAGACUGAAGGCUCAGGGUUCCAUGAUGUCAGCUGUGGCAUGUGCCUCUGUUCCAAAAAUCACCAUCGUCAUUGGGGGAUGCCAUGGCGCUGAAAGUUAUGCUAUGUGUGGCAGGUCAUUUGACCCAAACUUCCUAUUCCUUUGGCCCAAUGCCAGAGUGUCCCUGGUGGCCCCUGGUCACUCUGCAGCUCUGGCACAAGAGGAGGAGGAUGUUGAGAAGAUCAAUAAGAGGUUGGAGAAGGAGAGCUCUGCAUUCUUCUCGUCUGGCAGACUUUGGGACGAUGGAGUGAUUCUUCCCCAGGACACGAGGAAGGUUUUGAGUGAUUGUCUGAAAAUCAUCAAACAACAGGAAUACCAACUCUCCAAAGAGAAAAUAAGGACUCCAUUACUCCGAAUGUAAAAAAAUUUUUUUUACAAUUGUCUUUUAGAAAAAGGUCUUGAAUCUGACAAAAUGCCUUAAGGCCCUAAUUACCUUAACAAUGAAGUGCUGAUCACAGAAAACACAUUGGAGAUUUGUAAUGGCAUUGAAUAAAAGAAUGUGUAAAUACAACUUGAAACAUAGAAGGAAAAACAAUUGUUGUGUGUUAAUUCUUACAUAGUGCCUUCAUACCCCUUGACUUAUUUACACAUUUUGUUACAGCCUGAAUUCAAAAUGUAUUAAAUACCCAUCUACACACAAUACUCAAGGGAAAACAUGUUUAUGUCAAAUGUAUUUAAAAAUAAAAUACAGAAAUCCCAUUAACAUAA